AAACAUUAUUAUAUAUAUCUAGAGCUCAAAAGGAUUAAAUAUGCGUCGUCGCUUCGGCAUUGUUCUUGCGGUUCUCGUAAUCGGCUGCUUAUCUGCAACAAUAUCGAUUGCGGAAGAAGCAGAAAGUAGUAGUAGUAAUAACAAGUUAGGGACAGUUAUUGGGAUUGAUCUCGGGACGACGUAUUCUGUUGUUGGAGUUUAUCAGAAUGGACAUGUCGAAAUCAUAGCCAAUGAUCAAGGAAACCGUAUCACUCCAUCCUGGGUAGCAUUCACUGAUUCCGAACGGUUGAUUGGUGAUGCUGCAAAGAAUCAGGCGGCUGUCAAUUCCUAUAGGACCAUCUUUGAUGUUAAGAGACUUAUUGGAAGAUGGUUUGGGGACAAGGAAGUUCAGAGGGAUAUGAAACUUGUUCCUUACAAAAUUGUGGAUAGACAUGGGAAGCCUUAUAUCCAAGUUGAAAUUAAGGAAGGGGAGACUAAAGUUUUCAGCCCGGAAGAGAUUAGCGCUAUGAUUUUGACCAAGAUGAAAGAGACGGCUGAAGCGUUCCUUGGGAAGACGAUUAAGGAUGCUGUUGUUACAGUUCCUGCGUAUUUUAAUGAUGCCCAAAGGCAGGCUACCAAGGAUGCCGGUGUGAUUGCUGGUUUGAACGUCGUGAGAAUCAUUAAUGAGCCCACGGCUGCUGCUUUAGCAUACGGUCUGGACAAGAAAGGUGUUGAGAAGAAUAUUCUGGUCUUCGACCUUGGUGGUGGAACAUUUGAUGUCAGUAUCUUGACAUUGGAUCAUGGUGUUUUUGAGGUUCUUUCCACAAAUGGAGACACCCAUCUUGGAGGUGAGGAUUUUGACCAAAGGAUCAUGGAGUACUUCAUCAAGUUGAUCAAGAAGAAGCAUGGAAAGGACAUUAGCAAGGACAACAGAGCUCUUGGAAAACUUAGAAAGGAAGCAGAACGCGCCAAGAGAGCCUUGAGUAGCCAACAUCAAGUCCGUGUUGAGAUUGAGUCUCUUUUUGACGGUGUGGAUUUCUCUGAACCAUUGACUCGAGCUCGAUUUGAGGAGUUGAACAAUGACUUGUUCAGAAAGACCAUGAUACCUGUAAAAAACGCUAUGAAGGAUGCUGGUUUGGAAAAGCAUCAGAUUGAUGAGAUUGUUCUUGUUGGUGGUAGUACUAGAAUUCCAAAGGUUCAACAACUCCUUAGGGAUUAUUUUGAUGGUAAGGAACCAAACAAGGGUGUGAAUCCUGAUGAGGCUGUUGCGUUUGGCGCUGCAGUACAAGGAGGCAUUUUGAGUGGAGACGGUGGUGAUGAAACAAAAGAAAUCAUUCUUUUGGAUGUGGCUCCUCUUACACUUGGUAUUGAAACUGUUGGAGGUGUGAUGACCAAGUUGAUCCCCAGGAAUACUGUGAUUCCGACUAAGAGAUCCCAAGUGUUUACAACCUACCAGGAUCAGCAGACAACAGUCUCCAUCAAGGUCUAUGAAGGAGAAAGAAGUCUGACAAAGGAUUGUAGGCUUCUUGGAACAUUUGAUCUGACUGGAAUUCCUCCAGCUCCAAGGGGAACACCGCAGAUUGAAGUCACUUUUGAAGUAGAUGCCAAUGGUAUCUUAAACGUGAAGGCAGAGGACAAGGCUUCUGGAAAAUCAGAAAAGAUCACGAUCACUAAUGAGAAGGGACGAUUGAGCCAAGAAGAAAUUGAGCGUAUGGUUAAGGAAGCAGAAGAGUUCGCUGAGGAAGACAAAAAGGUAAAAGAAAAGAUUGAUGCCCGUAACGCCCUUGAAACAUACGUGUACAACAUGAGAAACCAGAUUAACGACAAAGAUAAGUUGGCGGAUAAGCUUGAGUCAGAGGAGAAAGAAAAGAUUGAAACAGCAACGAAGGAAACACUUGAAUGGUUGGAUGACAACCAGUCAGCUGAGAAAGAGGACUAUUAUGAAAAGCUGAAAGAAGUGGAAGCUGUUUGUAACCCGAUCAUGACAGCUGUUUAUCAGAGGUCUGGUGGGGCUUCAGGAGGUGGUGCAGAAUCUACAGAAGAUGAUGAUGAACACGACGAGCUAUAGGGUGUUUUUUGGUAAUGCACAGAGAAGAGGUGAGAAGAUAGAGUUAGUAUGAUUUUGGGAUUUUAUUAUAUGAAUUUGAGGAGGGUGAUGACAUGUGAUUGAUGAAAUCCUUUCUUUUGUGAUUAGUGAUUACUUUGGUUGGAUUUUUUAUUCUUGUUUUCAAGAAGAAUUUUAUUGAAUUUGUAAUGAUCUAGUGUUUAAACAAUUUGCCUACAGUUUA